GUAACAUCAACGAAAUUUUAAAAAAUUUCGUUCAAGUAAUUCAAACCUAAAUAAUUCAAUCAAAAGAUCCAUUGGAAAUGCAGCACACUUUAAACAAACCUCAAGAACUCUAUCAAACACGAUAUUUUGUAACAUUUAUGCUAUUUUUGGGCAUGGCCAAUGCCUAUGUAAUGCGCACAAAUAUGUCGGUGGCCAUUGUAGCCAUGGUUAAUAACACAGCCAUUACAGAGACCCCAAUGGAACAAUUAGAAUCCGAGUGUCCGGAUGUUAAUCUGACGGCAAUAACUAUAACACAAGAUGGACCUUAUGUGUGGAGUUCUCAACUACAGGGCUAUAUAUUGGCUUCUUUUUUCUAUGGUUAUGUGAUGACGCAAGUUCCCUUUGGUGUAUUGGCUAAACGUUAUGGAGCUCUUAACUUUUUGGGCUAUGGAAUGUUAUUGAAUUCUCUGGUGGCUUUUUUAGUACCAGUAGCUACACGUUUACAUGGUGUAUGGGGUUUGUGUGCAGCCCGUUUUAUACAGGGUCUGGGAGAAGGACCUAUUGUGCCCUGUACACAUGCUUUACUAGCCAAAUGGAUACCACCCAAUGAAAGAUCACGCAUGGGUGCUGCAGUUUACUCAGGAGCACAAUUUGGUACAAUUAUUUCUAUGCCCAUCUCGGGAAUAUUAGCUGAACAUGGUGGUUGGGCUUUGAUAUUUUAUGUCUUUGGUUUGGUGGCCACUAUAUGGUGUUUGGCAUUUUUGCUGUGGGUUUAUGAGGAGCCUAAUACACAUCCUUCUAUAAAAGCUAAUGAAAAGGAAUAUAUUAAUAAUUCUAUAUGGGGUUCUGAGCCUCAGGAAACGCUAAAAUUGCCUUUAAAAGCCAUUAUGAAAUCUUUACCCUUUUAUGGUAUUCUAUUUGCUCAUAUGGGCCAGAAUUAUGGCUACGAAACUUUGCUCACCGAAUUGCCCACCUAUAUGAAACAAGUAUUGAGAUUUUCUUUAAAAUCCAAUGGUUUCUAUUCUUCCCUACCCUAUUUGUGUAUGUGGCUAUUUUCCCUUGCCAUUGCUGUUGUGGCCGAUUGGAUGAUUAGCUCCCAACGUUUUAGCAUUUCAACUACUAGAAAAAUUAUGAAUUCCAUAGGACAAUAUGGUCCCGGUAUAGCUUUGGCUGUUGCCUCCUUUACUGGCUGCAAUCGUGUCUUAACUUUGUUUAUAUUGAGCCUGGGUGUAGGACUUAAUGGCGCCAUUUAUUCAGGUUUUAAAAUUAAUCAUUUGGAUAUAAGUCCACAUUAUGCAGGUUUCUUAAUGGCCGUUACAAAUUGUACGGCAAAUUUUGUGGGUCUGUUUGCACCGAUUGUUUCAGGUCACUUAGUGCAUAAUGAACCAACAAUUGCCAAUUGGCGUAAUGUUUUCUUAGUGGCCACUGUUAUAUAUUUCGUGGGAGCAACGGUAUUCAAUGUCCUCGCCAAAGCUGAACGUCAGACGUGGGAUAGUUUUAAUAAUAAUGAUGAUAAAGAUUAUAAUUUAGAGAAAAGGUAA